AUGAUUUCCUCGUCUGCGUUCGCUCUUUUAGCUUCGGCUGCUCUGGUCUCAGCACAUGGCAUUGUUACUGAGGUGACGAUCGAUGGAAAAUGGUACACCGGAACAAAGAACUGGAAUGCGCCUGAAAACCAGAAUUCCCCCGUUCGUGGAAUUCCUCAAGAUACUGGAUUUGUCCAUUAUGCAAAUGUCAAUAGUCCUGACAUUGCAUGCUCGUCCGCCGGCUACCAAGGUCGUCCUGUGACUGCGCCUAUCAAAGCUGGAGGAACGAUGGGCGUGCGCUGGGGAGGUGACGGUGGACCAGACGGCAAGCAAUGGCCCCACCCUGAAGGCCCGGCUAUUGUCUACAUGGCUUCCUGCAACGGUCCGUGCAAGGAUUACGAUCCUUCCAAUGCCCAGUUCUUUAAGAUUGCCGAGGAGGGUCUUGACGGAUCCAAGCAGCCCAACCGCGCUGGGAAUGACCAUCUUCCUGCUGGUGACGGUUUGUGGGCCCAAAAUCGUAUCCAGUAUGAGAACAGCUACCACUGGUUUACCAUUCCCGCUGAUAUCAAGGCCGGCGAAUACCUUGUUCGUCACGAGCUAAUCUCCCUUCACGGCGCUCACUCGUAUGCCGAGGGUGCUCAAUACUAUCCCGCUUGUAUUCAGGUCAAGGUCACCGGUGGAGGGAACGCAUCACCCCCAACCACACCGGCAACUCAACUCUAUACUACCAAGGACGGUAUCGUAGAUAUCUACCAACCUUACAGCAAAGGUAUCACCGCCCAAAUGUACAAGAUUCCUGGUCCCCCUGUUUACAAGUCUGGCUCGGCCCCUGCUCCCGCCCCACCUGCCCCUGUCACUACGCCGCCAGCUCAGCCUACUACAACUGCUCCUCCUGCUCCCGCCCCGACCUCGUACGGCAACAACAAUGGGGGAAACAACAACGGUGGAAACAACAACAAUGGUGGAAACUACAACAACGGCGGGAGCGGAAGCACGACUACGCCCAAGCCUGCUGCUUCCACUGGCAAGUGCAAGCCCAAGAAGCGCUCCAUGAGCAAGCGCGUCGAGGAUGAGACUCGCGAGCUGUACGACCGUGCGCUCGUUCACUCAAAGGCCGCUCGUGCCCAUGCCAAGAAGCAUACUUCCCACUAA